AUGAAUCCGUCAUCUAUUUUGGUAGACAAUUCUGUUGAUAAAUUGGUAAACACUAUUCUUGAAGAAAAUGAGGAACAUGGACAAGAAAGUAUUGCCGACAUCAAACCUCGCUUGGAUAUGAUAUUUGAAUCCGAGGUAGCUGCUUAUGAAUUUUAUAAUGAGUAUAGUAAAAGAAUUGGAUUUGGUAUUCGUCGAGAAUAUGGGAAUAAAAGCAAAAAAGACGGGGUUUUAACUUCAAGAAGAUUCACAUGCUACAAAGAAGGUACACGAAGUGUUGACAAAAGACGUCAACCGACUGGGGAGUCUACGGCAGAAACUAGAACGGGGUGUAAUGCACGUAUGGGUAUUUCACUUGAUCGAAAGAUAGGGAAAUACAAGGUUGUUGACUUUGUACUAGAACACAACCACCUUCUUCAACCGCAAGAGUAUGUUCACAUGAUUCGCUCUCAUCGUCGCAUAUCUGAGGUACAAGCAUCACAAAUUAUAAUGGGAGAUGAAUCUGGAUUAAGACCAAAAGAAUUGCAUGAAUAUAUGUCCAAGCAGGCUGGUGGGAUAGAGAUGGUUGGUUUUACAAGAACAGACGCUAAGAAUUUGCUUCGAACAAAAAGGAUGGACUCACUAAAGUAUGGUGAAGUGGGUGCAUUGAUGACUUAUUUCAAACAAGAAAGCAAAAAUCCAUCUUUCUUUUAUGACUUUCAAAUGGAUGUUGAAGAGCAAAUAACAAACAUAUUUUGGGCAGAUGCACAGAUGAUCAAUGAUUAUGGGUACUUUGGUGAUGUCGUUACUUUUGACACCACAUACAAGACAAAUAAGGGUUAUCGGCCAUUGGGAGUAUUUGUUGGACUUAAUAAUCAUCGGCAAACAAUCAUUUUUGGUGCAACAUUGUUAUAUGAUGAAACAAUACCUUCUUUUCAGUGGUUAUUUGAAACUUUUCUCAAAGCAAUGAGUGGAAAAAAACCUAAAACCAUUCUAACGGAUCAAGAUGCUGCGAUGGCAAAGGGUAUUUCUUUAGUUAUGCCGGAGACAUUUCAUGGAUUAUGUACUUGGCAUAUAAGACAAAACGCUCUAAGGCAUAUGAACCAUCUAUAUCAAAGGAGUAUUUACCAUGUGUGGCAUCCAUAA